AUGACAAUCGCUAAGAGAGCUCCAGCUCUGACACUUCUCCACAAGGGUAAUCCAUCUUCUCUCUAUUAUUCUCUGUUUGGGCGUGUCAUUGUGAGAACCCAGUUUUGCUCUUUGGCUAUCAAUCGUUGUCAUACUGUUGUUAGUGUUAUUGGUCCUAACCCUAAGGAAACCAUUGAUUUGGAUAAAUUGGUAGAAAUGCGUUGUAAAUCUGGUAAUCUUGGGUUAGAUGAAGCACUGGGUCACUUCAAUUCCAUGCUGGCUUGUGUUGGCUUACACCCCGAAGUCUGUACACUGAAUAUUGUUAUCAAUUGCUUGUGCCGUAUGAAUCGGGUGGACUUGGGUUUCUCUGUUUUAGCAACUACCCUUAAACAUGGUCUUCAGGCCAAUGCUUAUGCUCUAAAUGCUUCGCUUAAUGGGGUUUGCAAGUAUAGGUCGAUCUCUGAGGCAAUGCAGUUGUUCCGUAAAAUAGAAGAGAAAGGAUUAGCAUGCUCUGAAAUCACUUACGCUACUAUAAUUAAUGGCUUAUGCAAAGCUGGGUAA